ACAUCUUGGUGAAAAUACGAGCUCGAAGCGCCAGACAACGCAGGAUUCUGGGUUUCAAGGGGACGGUUUCUUUCGCAGUCCCCCGUCUGCCAGAUCUGAAGAGGGAUCUUGGCAUUGAAUAGAGAAGCAGUACUAUUCACACCGAUUGCUCUCCCCUCCUCCUCUCACCAUGUUCGGUUCCAAGAGGUUUUACUUCCCGACACGAUGGCGGAAUCAUAAUCUCCUGUACAUACUGAUGGGCGUUGAACUGCCGCUGGUGGUCAUCAUCCUAACAUUGACCGGUAUCGCGAAUCAUGACCUCUACCGCACGAAGCUCUGGCAGGAUGGCGCCGACAAUGGCUUCAACAGUAACCCAAAUGAGGCUCUCUACGCAGCGGCUAAUCACCGCCCGUUCACGACCCCGAUGGUUUGGAGCUCACUUAUCACCAAGUACAACCUCGUCCUCGGUAUCUUGGCUGUUUUCAUGUGGAUCACCAAGAUUCCACUUCACAUCCUUCACAUGCUCUACCCGCCCGUGUGCGCCUUUGUUCACGCUGGCUUGGUCGCUGUUUGGAUUUACUCAGUGCGGUAUCAAGCCGGCCCCGACAUGUCGGACCCCGACCACCCUCAGCCUGGCGCACCGUGGUAUAUCACCAAGAAAUGCUCCGUGGCCUACGUGAAGUCGAAUGUGCAUUACUGCCAGCAAGCAAAAGCACUAUUUGCGUUCUCCAUCAUCAUCAUUCUCUUCUACUUUGGCAUCGCCUGCCUCAGCCUACGCAACUGCAUCAUCACCGAGGAAGAGCGCAUGGAGAUCGAGGAGCGCCGGGAAGACGAGCGGGCCAUGAAGGAGUUCGAGGACUUUGUGCUCAAGUCGCCGGGCAUCCCCAUGACCACGAUGCAGCCCCUGGGCAUACCUCCCAAGUCCCCCAUGCACCACGUCACCGCGGCGCCGAGCGACGGCGGUUCGAGUUCGGACCUGCCCCUGCGCCAACACUUCAGCACCCCGAACCCACGGCGCUCGAUGCAACAAGACUCGACGGAGACGCUGUCGGGCCAUCAGCCCCAGCCGCAACCCUACUUCCCACCGCCACCGAAGAAGGCCGUCAAGAAUUGAGUCCGGUGGGAUCGUCGGUGAUGAAAGGACGAGUUGUUACUGAGCGGACGGGAUCGUUCAUGAAGCCGUGAAUCUGUCUGGCCGUGUGCAUAUUUCCUCGUCACGGUUCAAGC